AUGGGAGGCCAAGUUUCCAAGAUAAUGGGGAAGAUUUUCGGAACGAAGGAAAUGCGGAUUCUGAUGCUGGGAUUGGAUGCUGCUGGAAAGACGACAAUCCUCUACAAGCUUAAACUCACAAACCAGGACGUGACCACCAUCCCCACCGUCGGUUUCAACGUCGAGAGUGUUACAUAUAAGAAUGUCAAAUUCAACGUGUGGGAUGUGGGUGGUCAGGAUAAGAUUCGGCCCCUCUGGAGACACUACUAUUCUGGUACCCAAGGUCUGAUCUUCGUCGUCGAUUCUAGCGACACGGCACGAAUCGAGGAGGCUCGCUCCGAACUUCACAAGAUCAUCAACGACCGGGAAAUGAAGGACGCUCUUUUGCUGGUCUUCGCCAACAAGCAGGAUGUUACAGGCCAUCUCAGCCCUGAAGAUGUCACCAAUGCCCUGCAACUCAACAAACUCAAGGACAAGCUGUGGUAUGUUGCACCCAGUGUGGCUACCGACGGAACUGGUAUCUUCGAAGGCCUGGCUUGGCUUUCGAACAACGUCAAAACCCAACCUGCGAAAUAA